AUGCAACUUUUAAUUUUAACGAGUACAGUGCUUUUAAUAAUUGCAGAAUUCGUUCGAGGUCAACUAACAGAAACACUUGAUUUGAACUCAACAAGUUGGAAAAAUGAUUCCAAAUCGAAUGUAAUUGAAUUAACAAUCGAAAGACAUACACAAAUAUAUGAUUCGAAACAUUUGUGGAUAAUCAAAUAUUAUUUUGAUGACGAUCAGAAUCCAAGUGAAUCUGUGGGAGAGUUCCAAGAGUACAAAGAAAACUAUAAACAUCUAGCGUUCAUGUUUGAUGGUUUAAUUCGUGUGGCUGCCUUCAAUUGUAAUAUAAAACAUUAUAUUUGUAAACAAAAUGGUAUUCAUAAACCGCCAUCGUUAAAUGAAUCGUCUAUCGUCAAGUUUUAUGGAAUACAAGCGAAUACUUUUACUCCUUAUCAUGGAAAACAAUUAUUAAGUGAUAUGGUUGAAGCUGCAUCGAUCGCAAUCAAACGUCGCUUUCAAUAUAAAUUAUCACAAAAAGAAAAGACAUUCAAACAAAUUAUUAUCAACUUAAAUGAUAAGACAUUUGAUGAGUAUGUUCUAUACAACAGUGAUCACGCAUGGCUAAUUAUAUUCUAUUCAUCCAAUUGGGGUCCAUUCAAAAAUUUCUUUCCAAUUUAUGAGCGUAUCGCACGUGAACUACGACACAAACAUGACAUUCUUUGUGGAGCAAUUAAUAUUGAAUUUGAAACAAAUAAAGCACGCGAAUAUAAUGUACGAACGAUACCAACCUUUAAAUAUUUUACAAAAGGUGUUAAAACGGGUUUUGUGGAUACGGAUGGCACGUAUGGAGGUGAUUUAGAUCGAUUUAAAUUAUUAGAAUGGAUUAAUAAUUUACAUGAGAAAACGAUGGAAAUACCAAUCGUUUAUCAAUUGAUUGAUAAACAGACCGCUAUAAAAGCUUGUGAUGAAAAUACACAUGCUUUAUGUGUUGUAACUGUGUUGCCAACAUUUGAUAAAUGUCAUGCAGAAUGUCGUCAUUCAUAUUUAGAUAUAUUACAGAACGUUUCAAAAUUAUUAAAACGUAAUGAAUGGGGUUGGUUAUGGUUUACGUUUGGAACACAACCAGAUUGUGAACGAAUAUUAUCGAUUAAUAAUAUUGAAUCAAACGAAUCACUGCCACAAAUGUAUGUUUUGGAUCUCAAACAAAGAAUAUUUUGGAAAAAUCCAAGUAAAAGAACAUUUUUAAUGGAAGAUCUUUUAAAUUUUUUGAAUAAUAUUGAUGAAGAUUUUAUAAAUGAGCAUCAUAUUAUCGAAGUUCUAGAAUUACCUAGAAUUUAUAAAUAUCAAUUGUGGGAUGGUGAAAAUGAAGAAAUCUCAUUGGAGGAGAAUCUUAAUGGAGGACGAUUCAAAUUUAAACAGAAUAUUAAAAAUAUUGAUGAAUUAUAAUUUUGAAUUUAUAAAUUGAGGACUUUAAGCGUCUAAUUAGAAUUGGAUGUAAUUAAUUGUUUAAUUUACAAAAAACAAUAAAGAUUAAUUUUUCACGAAUAUUUAGUUUAAAUCCAGAUUGUGAAUUGUACAAGUGGCAACGUUGUUCAAUUUACUUUGAGGGCUGUGAUCAUGUGAUUAGUAU